AUGACCCACCCUGCUGAGUUUCGUAUUGAAGACGUCUACGCCGUCGACGAAGCCUUCGCGCUGGUUGAACGUCUUGGUGCUGAGGGAAUCAAAAAUCUGCGCUCCUUCUACAUGACUGUCAACGGCUCGGCUCCAGCUUGGUUUGCAAUGUUGCUAGAAUUACUCUGGAUAUUCGUGCUAACCUAUCGCUCCCCGCCAGAGAUGAAGUUGUAUAAAUGGGUUCUGGUGAAAUUAGCGUGGCUCGAAUUUAUCUUUGCCACAUUAUUGGGCCUUUUCUUGUUUCCUGAUUUAUUAUUCCCAGCACCAUGCGCGGCUGUUUUUGGACUUGCCGGGUACCUCGGCUAUUACGCAAGUAUACAUACCCUCUUCGCCGUUUUCUUCAGCGCCUGGGCUACGUUUAUGAGCGUCAACGACUGUCUGCACGGACUGAUGGAUCAGGAGGUAUUAUUCGCCCAAAUACGGGCUGCUGGCGACUAUAAAUACGUGGAAUGGUAUAUCCAGAAUAAUAUUGUGGUCAUCGGGUUUGAUAUGCACAGCAUAUGGGCGGCGCUGUUAGGACUGUUCAUAAUCGGUGGUCUCAUCGUCUGCUACGCGGUCAAUAUGAUCUCCGCUCUGGUGAUGCUGCAAAAAUUGAGGGAGUAUCAUCCGGAUGCUGAUAGUUCAGAACAUCUACCCAGCCAUCGUCCUGGUCAUCCCCUGCUCCGUGUGCGUCUACGGCUUCAUAGC